CUCAUUUGUAGUGAACCAAAACAAGUAGACAAAAAUUGUAAAUGGAUUCGAGAUGCUAAAUAUUUCAUACUGUUGCACAAGAUAUUUUACCAAUUUGAGAUAAACUGGAAAAGCACCAUGUUACUGGUUUCAUAACAGUUUCUGGCCCCAAAUUGCACAUUUUUACAAACAGAAUAAAAAUCUGUCUACGUCUCUGACACUUCUAACACAUACAGCAGCUUGAGAUUUUUUGUGACACAGUCUGUGAGGUUGGUACAAGUAAGUUCUAGGGAUUGUUUCCAAUUUGAUAAGAUGGCAUCCUUUAUUGGGGAAAGAGUAUUAGUACAGCUAAAGAAUCAGAAGACCGGGAAAUUUGAAAAGGCUCAAUUUACACAGUGUAUAGUGGACUACAUAGAUCCUGAGAAUAAAGAUGGCGUUUGUCAAGGCAUGGUGGAACUGAAGGAAGGCAAAUUGAAUAUAUCAUCUGCUGAGUUAGCUGAUAAAUGUGCUGUCAAAAUAAAGCAUCCACCAUUUUGUCCUAUACAUCAAAUGACAGAUGAGAAUAAGUCUGGGCUACCCCCUAAUAUCUACUCCCGGGGCAUUGAUUGUGGGGCGGCAGUGAUAUUGGAGUCUGGGGAUGGUCAGGUGUUCCUUACUUGCAGGGGAGACCACCUACGAACAUUCCCUGGUAUUUGGGUUCCACCAGGUGGACAUAUAGAACAAAAUGAAACAUUUCUGGAGGCUGGUUUACGAGAACUGAAGGAGGAGACUGGCUUGAAUAUCACUCCAGAUAUGUGUCAACUAGACACAGUCCACGUUUUGGCAGUUUGGGAGUCUGUGUUUCCGCCAAAGCUGUCACUUGGUACAAGCAAACGUCAUCAUGCUGUGAUUUACCUUCAUGCUCAGUUAAAAUCUCAAUAUACAUCCAACAGUUUAAAUAAAGAGGUUAAAAUUGAUCCAGAAGAGGUUGGGGCGUGUGCUUGGUUUGACAGGUCAAAGAUCAAUGCCAUUGUAUCGGCUAGAGAAGAAGACCAACAAAAAGAUUUACAAGAUGUCUGUGAUUCAUUUAGUGCAAUAGUAUUAGAUGAGAAUAAAGAGCAGAAAGAAGCACAACUUCCUUUUAAAGAUCUACUGCAAAUAUCAGGUGAUACCAAGGAUCAGAAGGGUAGAGUCAGCACUGGUACGAAGUUUGCUCUGGAAGAAUGGCUGGCUGGAAAUCAUAUAGUUUCUAGUAGUUAAUACAGUUGUGUUUUUUUAAAACAACUUAUUAUUUAAUAUUUAUAGACUGUUAUACUAUUUGAAUACAGGAAUUAUAAACAGAUAAUGGUGACAUUGUAACAAUAUGAGCUCGAGAUAUUUCAGAGAAGCUUAAUGUAUCUAAUCUAUGUAAAAAAAGGCUUGCCCUACUGUUCUGUCUGUCCAUCAUUCAGUCAGGGAGUCCAUCUGUCUCCAUCGUGUCUGCUAUA